AUGCCUGUCAAAUUCCAGAACGUUGAUAUGGAUAUCACCACCUCUUACACCUCUUCCACAGCCGACUGGCGGCUAUGGAUCCAGCGGCUUCAACGCUUAGCAGAUACCCACGAGGUUUGGGAGUAUCUGGAUAUCGAUACCGAAGAAAUGCCUCAGACGCCUCUGAAGCCCGAGAGGUCUACGCUGCAGACGCUGCAGAGUAUCGUCCGCUCUCAGCAAGCGAUGUUAGCGACACCCUUUCGCACAGUUCACCAUAUGUUAGGCCUGAUUACGCGCCCCGAAGUGGUCUUCGGUUGGCCGAGUCUACACUGUCUCUACUUGGGUUAG